AUGCAGGCCGACCCCAUCAAGUUUGACGCACCGCCAGCCGCGGAGGGAAGCAGCUCGAGCGCACAGAGGAUCAGCUACCAUCCUCUCUUUGCAUCUCCUGAAGCAGAUGUGAUACUGGGCUCCAAGGAUGGACUUGCGUCGCAAUGCUUUCGUGUGCACUCGUUCACGCUCAAGAUUACCUCGGGGUGGUUUCGCACCAUGUUCACCCUCCCCCAGACGACGUCCUCGCUUCCGCCUUCUUCAGACCCGGAGAAAGACAUCAUAUUUCUCGACGAAGACCAAUCCACUGUAGAAGGUAUCCUACGCAUGGUCUGUGGUCUUCCGAUACCCAACCUUUCCUCGUACGACAGCAUCGAGCCACUGCUGUACGCCGCUGAGAAGUACGAUAUGCCGGGCCCGCUGUCUAUCAUACGCAUGUUGGUCAUGACCCCCGCCGUCAUUGACGACCCUCUUCGAUUAUAUGCGGUGGCAUGCCGGUACGGCUGGGAACACGAAGCCAAACACGCUUCCAAGCAAUCUCUGUCGCUGAAUCUCCAUGCACCGGAACACAGGGACCAACUUCGGAAACUGAGCACUGAUUCCCUCAUGAACCUCUUCGAUCUUCAUUACCGGCGGAGAGAAGAGCUCAAGAGGAUGCUGGACGACCCCCCGUUCGUGAACGCGGCAGAUCCACAUAUUAUAUGUUCCAUGUGUGAUUAUAACGUUGACUACCAUACAUGGCGAGAACUAAAAUACGCCAUCGCCGCCGAGAUGGACGUCCGACCGCUUGGCGAUACGGUCCUGAGUCACGGUCUGACCGAAUGGCCUGCCGCCAAAGCAUGCUGGAAUGCGAAGUGUGCCAAUGGCGAUUGUGCCCGACUACUGUACGACAAGGGCGAGACACUGAGGCUGAUCAAGGAGUGCAUGGACAAGCUACCUGCUACGAUAUAA